AUGGUGUUCCACAGGCUGGACUUGGUCGAUCAAGGAGUGGAGUCCUUGGAGGGACUCGCUGAACGAAAGGACGAGAACUUCCUUGUGAUAAACUUGCAGCGCAACCGACUCACCAGCUUUGAAUUCUUCGGCACACACAAGUAUGUCACCGAGGUGCACUUUCAGCACAACAGAAUUCAGUCGUUUCGCGGGCUCACUAAGCAGGUCUCCCUCAAGUCACUGCAUCUGCAGGGCUGUCCUGUUUCAUGUCACCCGUACUACCGCCUCAUGGCGCUGCUCACCAUCGGCUUCGGUCUGGAGGAUGUGGAUGGCUUACCUAUUACCUCCCACGAGCGACACGUUGCAAAUGGACUGGGGAAGAGAGCCGCGCUAGCAGUGAGUUACGGGUGGCUUUUAGAUCUUCAUCCGCGCACAGACGCUGAGUACGACGUCAUUAUCAACGAGUUCAGGCGCCUUCGAAAGGAUGAGUACAGGCGAACGCAGAACGCGGACUUGUUAAGUGUCAAAGAUGUGUUGGCCAAUCUUGACCGCACACAGAGACAAUGCGGCUAUAAUGCAACAGCCGAGCUUCAACUAGCUGAACGACAGCAAAUAAUCACACGGCUAGCACGCCGUGUUGCACAACUGGAGCGACUGCUUGCCGUUUCCCCACCGGCUCAUGUUGUUCCGCUACUUCCACCCAGUGAUGACGCCGUGGGGGAGCUUGGUAACAAGACGGUUUCUUCUUCUAGUGAUCUCUUCUCGGCUGCCGAGCUUGCGCUAAUGGACAGUAUGAGGUUUGUGCAAGGCAUUCAGCUGCGCCACAACCUGGGGACAGAACAGAGUGGGUUUCAGCGUGUCUGUCUUCAGGUUGACCAUACCGCCUUGACUGCCGAGUCCUAUUUGUCCCGCGUGCGCCUCGUGCAGCUCCCCUUGCGCUCACUCCGCGUGCGCUAUGCUCGGCCUCUCACGCUAGUGGCAGAGGAUCAAAUGGGUGGGACAAUCGAGCUGCGCUUCGACUCGCUUCCGCUCCUGCAGGCUGUUUACAAGGCGGUGUUUUUCUUCAGUGCCUAUCUUGUGCCGCCGCUCUCGGUGAUCACGCAGAGUGAACUGCAACGGGGGGAAAGUUUGUGCCACUCCUACCCCGAAGCGCUGACGCCCUCGGUGGCGCCGAUGAACGCUUUUGCAACGUUGGAGGCGGGGCCAAGUGCCUCGUGCCAUACUACGUCAGAACGUUCCGUGCACUCAGCUGAGGCUGACGCGCUGACACCGACAGCAUCGGGCAGUAGAAUGGUGCGUGAUGCACCCGCGACGAAGCGGUUAGCGACGCUCGACAAUGUCGCGGAUGUUCCUCCUUUGCCAGCGACCCAUCCACGCCUUAGCACCACAAGGCGUUCUCAUUCUAGCUUUUCUUUGGAGUCGACGCAACAAUCGCGCUCCACUGUUGCGGUGACGAAGGACUGCCCUACUCCUGUCGCACUUAGCGUGGAGAGUCACAAGUCUGUCGACGCAUCGGUGAUACAUGCCAGUGGUGCAGUGCCAAAAUCCCCCAAGUCAAAGGUGACCAAAGUGCAUCUUGUUCCGCUGAAGUCCAAGGGGUUUUCGAGUCUCUCACCUAACUAUAUCGAUUCCGACUCGAUUGCUUUUUACAGCGAUGCCCAGAGCCACGACUAUGCGACAGUGGAGAACGUCGCUGUAGCGGGUGAAAGAAGCAGCACAAGUCCAUCAUUUUGCUUGGCAUCUCUGGCGACAUCCGACGCCGCAUCACCUGCUGGACGGACUGAAACUCCUCCUCCGCCAUGCGUUCCACCUCGUAAAAAGCAAGCAGAGCGAAUACACGUGACUCCAUCUGUGACCAGCGUAAAAGGAAGGGGUGAGGCGAGGGCGGCACUGCUACCGCGAAGCGACGCUAUUCCUAGCUUCCAGGCGACCAGCACACCUGGCGAUUCCCUGCAGAGCCCUUUCAUCGUUAGCCGCGGGAGGUGGACGGAGGAACAGAGUAACAGCAUCAACUUCCAAACUGAUGUGACGGAUGGAGACGGUGUGAAAGCGAACACCGUGGACUCAGCCGCGAAAAAUUCCAUUCGAUCAGGAGUUUCCUCCCGUUUUGGGGGACUGCUCAUCGAAUCGAGCUCUGACUCUGAGGAGAGAGAGCUAAUGAGAUCCACAUUGCGCACCCACAAAAUGAAAACAACGCAGUAG